AUGGUUUUGUUAAAGCCAAAGAGUAGCAGCUUCGGUUCCCUGUGGUCCAUCGUCUACUGUUUCAUAGCUGUUAGUGGUCAGUGUUAUAUCGCUUACAGAAACAUUUCUGGCUAUCAAAAAUCACUACGAAAUCAAUGGAAUCGUGACACUCCGCCCGAGGUCGGGGUAAAACUAGGACUGACAAUCAUCUCUUUCAUUGUGCUUCCCUUCUUUAUAAUGUCGUCCAUCUUCAGGACCGGAAACUAUGGAAAUGACGGGUUCAAACUCGGUCGAGACCACGCCAUAUGUCCGGUGUCGGGGGGUGUCUUGGAUCACAUAGCGUCGGAUAUCGGGCGUCGUAUUUGGCGGUACGCACCUCCCUUCGCUCCCACUCUACACGUGUUGUCAGCCUUCUGUCUCCUGUUUCCGGACGUCCUGAUAUCAGCCAAAGAAAUCCAGCUUCAUUUACAAUCAACAGAAACAAUAUGGACCACAGACCUUGACUUCCUGUUUUCUGAUAUCAGAUAUCUAACCAGUGAUUUCCUGGCAAAAAAUGUUAGUGCCGUCGGAUUGACUAACUUAUCUGGAUAUUCUAUAGAAACUGCGUACCUCACUCCGAAUUUCCUCAACUUCGUGUUCGCUUUCCUGACGUUCGCGAUCCGAUAUUCGGCCGUCUUCUGGUAUACAAACAAAACCCUCUCUUUUGUAUUCGCAGCUGAACUUAUUUUCAUGAGUUUCGAUUCAAUUUUCAUGUUCGAAGGAUUUUCCAUAUUAUACAAAUUAAGUUCAUCUUUAAAUCGAUACGAUCACCCCAUAGACCUCAUUCUGAAUUCUGGUGGUCUUCUGGGAUUGUACAUUGUUAGCGGUUGCGUCGUAUUUUUCUCCUCGUAUGUUGUCUUCGAGUACAGCGCCUAUCACUUCAUGGAAAAGUUUAAGAAAGUCGAUCGAAAGCAUAACCCCGAAAAAUACAAAAAUGAAUCCAUCAUCGCAAAAGGAACUUGCAAUGACUAUUUUUCGCAUUCAACAGCUGUUGUGAUUUUUAUUUUACUAGCUGCGUUCCGUGGUCCUAUUUAUUAUGACAUCAUAGCCGUUUACCGACUGACGUCAGACGGGUGUAUUUUGGCAUGCCUUAUUGUAGGGGUCUGUUACCUAGUGACCUGGAUUUUCUUGUGGACUUUAUUAACAAUAAAACAAGAGUGGAUGUUCAGAAUUCUUGAUUACGCCAAUGUUGGACAGCCAAUAUUUGUGAUUAAAAGCGAUCGGCUUUCAAAAACUAACUCCAUCUCAAUCGGCUCUGUCGAACUUAAAGAUUUCAGUAUUGAAAAAAGACGAAGGCCUGGUUCGGUUCCAAGUAUUGACAUUACACCAAGUGAAAGUGGCUUUGAUGAAUGUGAAAUCGGACUGUCAUCGGAGGAGGAUCGCUAUGGUACGGCGCUGUCUCCAGUGAAUGAAGACAGUAUUGAAAAUGUCUUUCCAAAUGACGUCAUUGUGCGUAGAAAUCGACAUAGGAGAAGUGGGCCACGCUGUGUCACAUUUCACGACCCUAUACGUCAUUCAGUAGGGAGUUUGUGCGAAAGGGACCCGACACGGAGUAGGUCACCAGUUCAGGAGGACAACAAGGUAAGCGUGACGGCAGACGUCCAUAGAUUGGGUCCAAGGACUCAUUACCAACGGCGCAGCUCCGAUCCAGAAAUGAAACAGGUCUCCAAAAGACGACACAACAACAUAGUGUUAGCCGCCAUGAGAAACAACACAUUAAGCUCUGAAAAUAAAAACAAUGCAGACUAUCUGACAAAUAUAAAUGACUUGUCAACAAGUUCGGAUGAUGUGAGAAGUAACGCCUCUGAACCUCUAUUAAGCCAGCCAAUGCGGUCUUCAGAAAACCGCAGGUGCGCAAGUCCAAUCGGUAAUGUAGCGCCAUCUCGUGAGAUGUCGUCUUAUAAACCUUCAAAUAUUGAAACAGCUGAAGAACUUACAUCACCAAAGAAAUUGCCACAAAGUAAUGAAACAUCAAUGGAUAUGUCGAUAUCACUGACCGAGAGUGGCAUCGAGCAGUCCAAUGUCACAGACAUAACGACUAUUCUGUCUGACGACGAAUACGAAAACUUUAAGGGCACAAAGCAGCCAGACAUUGUGCCAAACCAACAUACCGGGUCACCACACAGAGUUUACCCGAAACCCCAGAAUUUCAUAUCGAACUCAAAGGGGGUAUCAAGACGAGAUUCUGCUAACUAUUCAAUGACGUCAUCACAAGACAACUCUUCCAAUGAUUCUGAUCCCGUUCGACAGCCUGCUUUGUGCAGCCAAGUCUCAAAGGCGACAGAUUCUUGACAAGAAAUUGACUAAACUAGAGUGUUUUACGAUACAAAAAAAAUAUGUGCACCACCGGUUAUACCUCAGCCAUGCAACAUAUGCAUUCAGGGUAAUUUAAACAGGGAGGGUAAUUUAAACAGGGCGAUUCCUUUGCUUUCUUGGGUGUUUCACAGACUUUUAUUGACGUCAUGGCGAAUUACAUCGCAGAUCAAUUUUUUCCCUACACGCAUGCAUGCACACACCACACACACACACACAUAACAUAUAACGUGAAAUUCAUCUAAAAACAUUAAAUUGUUACAGACCAUAUCAAACAUGUUAUACAUCAAUCCAGUCUGGUGGUCGAGCUGGCCAUGGUUCCAGUGUGGUGGUCGAGCUGGUCAUGGUUCGUUUCAGAAAUAUAAGGAACGUGGAUAUUAAAUUUCUGUAAGGUUUCCAUAUUUGAUAUUUUGUAUUGAAAAUAGUGUCUGAUAUGUAAAGGAAUAAUGAAUGCUUUGGUAUAUGGUUAUAUGCUUUAGUUUACAACUGUUGUAUAUUAUGUGGUAUAUGGUUAUAUGCUUCAGUUUACAACUGUUGUAUAUUAUGUGGUAUAUGGUUAUAUGCUUCAGUUUACAACUGUUGUAUAUUACGUGGUAUAUGGUUAUAUGCUUCAGUUUACAACUGUUGUAUAUUAUGUGGUAUAUGGUUAUAUGCUUCAGUUUACAACUGUUGUAUAUUACGUGGUAUAUGGUUAUAUGCUUCAGUUUACAACUGUUGUAUAUUAUGUGGUAUAUGGUUAUAUGCUUCAGUUUACAACUGUUGUAUAUUACGUGGUAUAUGGUUAUAUGCUUCAGUUUACAACUGUUGUAUAUCAUGUGGUAUAUGGUUAUAUGCUUUAGUUUACAACUGUUGUAUAUUAUGUGGUAUAUGGUUAUAUGCUUCAGUUUACAACUGUUGUAUAUCAUGUGGUAUAUGGUUAUAUGCUUUAGUUUACAACUGUUGUAUAUCAUGUGGUAUAUGGUUAUAUGCUUUAGUUUACAACUGUUGUAUAUCAUGUGGUAUAUGGUUAUAUGCUUUAGUUUACAAGUUACAACUGUUGUAUAUCAUGUGGUAUAUGGUUAUAUGCUUUAGUUUACAAGUUACAACUGUUGUAUAUCAUGUGGUAUAUGGUUAUCUGCUUCAGUUUACAAUUGAUUUGUUGUAUAUCUAAGAAAUGAUCGCGUUUUCGUAUAUGUUGCAGGAUAACCUCCUUGGUCUCGAAAAGGUGUUUGAAAUAUAAAUGCCUCGGCGUUUUGAAAAUAUAUUUCAAACAACAUUUCGAGACCCCGGAGGUUAUCCUGCAACAUUCAUGAAAACAAGAACUUUAUUUCUAUUCUACUACGGCUCAGGAAUAUACAGCCGAUCGUUUUCUUGUAUACAUGUAGCUACGAAUGAGGUCACUGAGACGUCAUGGCAGUUUCCGAGAAGCCCUACAUUGUUUCUUGCUAAUGAAAAGGGUGAGGUGGUAGGGAUAUUCUAAAUUUAUGUAUUUAGUUUGAUGUUAACGGAUUAUGUCAGUUUCGUUGAAAACAGUUCAAGAAAAACGUGUCUGUGCAUCGCCAUGUUUACAUGUAUAUCGCUCUCAAAAUACAGAGGACUGGUUUAUACUGAAUGACAAAUGUUCUAUAGUGAUUUAUUUCUUUUACAACAUGUAUUGAUCGCGUUUUAUUAUUAUGAAAUUGAAUUAUCAGUUAUCGACUUUAUUGUUGCAUUAGCAAAACUCGAAGUGCAAGCGAGGUAUGUAUCAAUUUUCUCAUAAUUAUUUAAUGCGGAUGAAAGUAUAUCGUAGAAUAAUGACCGCAGCAUUCCUUUGAUCUUUGCAGUAACCGUGGUAGAAUAUUUGGUAUAUGGCUAUAUGCUUUAGUUUACAAUUGUUGUAUGUUAUUUGGUAUAUGGCUAUAUUAUCAAUAAAUGCGGUCAAGAAAAAUUCUC